CUGAAGACACGGGCAUCAAGGCUGUAUUCUCGACUGGGAGAGACUGUCGACAACUGUUCACUCAAUAGUACUGAAAAGCUCUUGACACUGUCACUAUCAAAACCAAAGCAAUUCGAACUGGAAUACUAUACAUCGCGUGAUGUUGCCGUUCGCCGCUUUUACUUUGUUGUUAAUGACAUCUCUCGGAACCCUGAAG